GCCUGCUCAAGUACAAAGACAGUAUCUGUGUAGAGAAGAGAAAUAGAGCAGAGCAGAAUGGCUGUAAACCCCAGGGAAAAUCCCGCUUUCGAAAAAGAAAGCAUUAUUAUGCAACAUGGAAUAUUUGCCCUCCUGGUUGGGACGCUAAACAAUCAAAUCCAAGUGAAGUACCAGUCAAUUAAAGGCUCUCCAUUCGACAGCCACGACGUUAUUAUGUCAGUUUUCCUUGUUGCUCUGUUUAUAUAUGCCACGGCAUCGGUGGCCGAAGUUAUGCUCCGAGCUCGAGAAUCAACUUACUACACACUGGUUGGCAAUCUCCGACUCUUUGCCAGUGCCCUUGCUGCGAUAUUGCUUCUAGCUAUUCUGGCUCCAAUUCUGGGGUGCGUUAUUUCCGUCGUAUGGGCCUGUUUAUUUAUGGGAGUCGCAUAUGAAUCAAGCAGAGAGUUUUUCAACAUUUUAAGCCAGUUAACCAAUAAGUUACUAGACAUGUUUACCAGGCUAAUUCCACGCGUGAGGAGACACGAGGAGGAACUAAAUCAGCCACGUGUCUAGCUCACUACAUGUCCUCAGAAUUUAGAUACAGUAAUUGGCAGAGGAAAAUACUUGUUUGGGACUAUUUCUGGUUGUUCUCCUCCCCACCCUCUCUGUUUUUUUCUUCUUUUAAAGAAAUCUUUGUGUGUUUGAAGAGGAAGAUUUGAGAAGAUGUUG